AUGCGUGCUCCGGCUUCACUCAUAACGCUGGUCGCCUUCUGCGUCCUGCUGCUCACAGGACAGGCGGCCUCCCAGAAGCUCGUCUUCGCCCACUACAUGGUUGGCACCGUUACGGCGGCUCACGCGCAGCAAGAUAUCAAAGAUGCCGCAGCCAUGGGACUCGACGGCUUUGCACUCAACAUUGGCGACCCGACGCAGCCGUUCGUCCGGGAUGCCCUGAACAAGAUGUUCGACUUCACGCGUGACAAGUACCCGAAGUUCAAGCUGUUCUUCAGCUUGGACCUGUGGGCUUCCGGCGGUGCGGGCAAGCGCCUGGGCGACUACGACUCUCUCCUGCGUGACUUUAUGGGCCAUGGCGCGUACCAGAAGGGCGCUAAUGGCUUUCCGUUUGUCAGCACUUUUGGUGACGGCGGCACGACGAAGGAUGUGUGGAUUGAUUGGAAGAAGAAGUGGGCGAACAAGGUGUAUUUGGUUCCGGACUUCGAUCAGACACAGGGCUACUACGAUGCCGCUCCUGGAUGGUGGUCCUACUGGGGCGAGGUCGUUGAUGGGCUGUUCAGUUGGGAAUCAAGCUGGCCGAAGGUCGGUGACCGGAACACGGCUGAUAUGAAUCUUGACAAGACUGUUGCCAAUGGUGCCAGGGAUAGGAAGAAGGCGUAUAUGAUUGGUCUCAGUAUGCUCCAGUACAAGAAUGCCUACGGCGCGCGUCUCUGGCGUGCAGGUGAAGACCUUCUCACCCAGCGCAUGAAGAAUAUCCUCAACAUGAACCCUCAGCCCGAAUACGUCGAAAUCCUGACCUGGAACGACGGCCCCGAAGGCCACUACAUCGGCAACCUCUGGCCGGAGCAAAACGGCGACGCGCAGCCGGCCGCCUACGCCAACAGCCGCGCGCAGCACUGGUCGAUCCAGCCACUCCUCGCCUCCUUCAUCCGCGCCUACAAAGCCGGCCAGGGCCCCGCGGCGAUGCGACCCCCCUCCCUACAACCCGCGCGCCCCGUCGUCGGCGCCAUCUGGUACAAGCCGAUCACCUCCCAAACCAACUGCCCCGGCGGCGACCAGUACGCGCAGAAGCCGCUCGGUUAUGACGCGGCCAAGGACGUCGUGGCGUGGGCUGUCGUUGUGGGGACCGGCAGCGAUGUCGCUGGCUGGAAGGUCCGAUUUUAUAGUGGUGGUAAGCUGGUGGGGGGCACGACGAACCUGGUCGCUGGGUUGAAUUCGGGAGUGUCGCAGGCGCUGAAUACGGGGUCUCAGCGGAUGGAGGUGUUGAAUAAGGAGGGGAAGGUUGUGAUGAGGGCGGCGGGCGGACGCUGCGUGACGAAUAAUUGUCCGGAUAAGAUUUACAAUUUGAAUCCGCAGGUUGUGGGGUUGACUAUGGGGUCGGAUUAUCCGGCGUGUAAGUGA